UAAUGUUCCCGCGUGAUGACGUUCCCUUUGUGCGUAUCCAAUAAUCUCUUUUACAUUUCGUACACCGCCAAGCUCAGUUUGGAGUGCACUGUCACACAACUCUGGAAGCUCAGCAGCCGGAGUGCCCCGUUGGAGUUUAGGACAGAGAAGCCUGCACUGAAAAGGAACCUUCCAGAAGACCUUUUCAUCUCCCACCCCACAGGACCUGAGAUCAUGGCAAAGGAUGCUGCUGUGAUUGGUGCCAAUGGAGAGCUGAAGGUUUUCUAUGACCAGAACCUCAGUCCGAGCAAAGGUGUUCUGGUGACAGUCCACCCUCAGACCCUGUCUGUUGGGAAACAGCUGCUUCCCAAAACCCUUGGCCCGUCCAAUGUCAACAUCGCACCACACAUGGUGAUCGGCACCCCUCAGAGGCCCAGUGGGUCCGGCGGGCUUCCCAUGGGCAGCCCUCACACGCCCAGCGCCCAGUACAGAGCACAGAGCCAGGCACCGGACGCGUCGCCAUGGUCCACUGGGAAGCGUGGCACAGGUAAGAAGGCAGAUAAGAAUGGGAAAGGACUGAGGCAUUUCUCCAUGAAGGUGUGCGAGAAAGUACAGAAGAAGGGCGUGACCACCUACAACGAGGUCGCAGACGAGCUGGUGGCGGAGUUCAGCGCCGGCGACACACUUCUCUCUCCGGGUGACUCGCACUCCUACGACCAGAAGAACAUCCGUCGGCGUGUCUAUGACGCGCUCAACGUCCUCAUGGCCAUGAACAUCAUCUCUAAGGAGAAGAAGGAGAUCAAGUGGAUCGGCCUGCCCACCAACUCUGCCCAGGAGUGCCAGAACCUCGAGGUUGAGAGGCAGAGACGACUGGAGAGGAUCAAACAGAAACAGGGACAGCUCCAGGAGCUCAUCUUGCAGCAAAUAGCCUUCAAGCGCCUGGUGCAGCGGAACCGUGCAGCGGAGCAGCAUGCCGGCAGGGCUCCGCCCCCGAACUCUGUCAUCAACCUCCCCUUCAUCAUCGUCAACACCUCGAAGAGGACCGUCAUCGACUGCAGCAUCUCCAACGACAAGUUUGAGUACCUGUUCAACUUCGACAACAUGUUUGAGAUUCAUGACGACAUUGAGGUGCUGAAGAGGAUGGGCAUGGCCUGUGGUCUAGAGGCGGGUCGCUGUUCCCCAGAGGACCUGAAGGAAGCCCGUGCCCUGGUCCCUAAAGCCCUGGAGCCGUAUGUCACAGAGAUGGCCACGGGUCCGAUCACUAACGUCUACAUGACGGGAGCCUCGUCGACCAACGGAACAGGACGUCAUCAUUCAAGUGUGGCUGACGGCACUGUGGCAUCCAGUUCCAACGAAUCACACUGCAGCGGCUCGCGAGGCCACACCCCCGUGUCCUACAUGGGGGAGGAGGAAGACGAGGAGGAGGACGAGGAGGACUACGAAGAUGACGAUUAAACUGGUAGCUGUCGGGUCUCACUCAACCUCCCCGACCAAAUCUGCCAGCCCAGUUUGAUGGCUGUCCAUGAGUGUCCCAAUUGGCGCCCUGUUCCCUGUACACUAUACUCUUUUUGACCAUUGCCCUGUGCCCUUAUCUAAGCUAUAGGGAGUAGUGUGUCGUUUGGGACACAGGCCGGGUCCAUCCCACAAUGUUAUCCACGAGGAGGCCAUUUUGAAACACUCCUGCCUCUCCCUACUCAGCUGCCUUCGAAAUGCAUGGAAUGCUCAUCCACAAUGGCCUUCUGGGAAAUGUAGUCUUUGCUGUCAAGGAUACUGACACAUGCCUCUUGUGGGGAUUCACUUGACCCCCCCCCCACUUCCUUGUGAACAUCCUGUGUUUAUUGUUUCUUUGAGUGUAAUCUCCACAAAGUGCUCCUCAUCAGCCCAUAAGACAUCUUUCCUAGUACAGGAAAUGGGACUCCUUUCCUGCCAAAUUUGUCUUUUUAUUUCUGAGUGAACUGCUACAUACAGCCACAGAGAGGAUCCCUCCUAAACUAGAGACCUGUUUUGUGCUGGCGUUUAACAUGAACAGUGGUGGCGUUGUGGCUGUCUUUCACAGUGAAAUUACUUCCCAUAAAGCGUGUGUGCGUGCGUGUGUUUUGUACCUUGCUGUUUUCUAGUAAGAUUUGUGUGUGAGAAUUCAUUCUGGCAGCUAUUUUCAGAAUUUGUCAGGAUGUUUGUGUGUGGAUAAUCACAUGACUUUGGCUCUGUCCUCAAUGUGCGUUUCAAUUAAGAAAUGCUGAUCCUAGACUCCUCCCACCUCUCUCAAGUCAAGUGAACAUAGUUCAUAGUCUUCAAGUAAAGAGUCAAAGACUGUUCAACUGAAGGAUGGAGCCCAUUGCCAUCAACACCAAACGUACGGAACCGUUUUUAACCAUCUCAAAAUGAACAUCAGCUGGGUGAGAGGACCGCCUUCAAAGAAUGUGAACAGGACAUUGUGGUGAGGGAGGAGCUACUGGAAGCGUUGAAGCAAGCGCAACUCUUCAGAAUUGUCAAGCCAAAACAGGGGUUAUAAUUUCAUUCCCCCCCCCAAUUAACUUUUGUAAAACCGAACAACUGCGUAUUUUGACUUUGCAACACCGUAUCUUUCUGUUAUCUAAUGAGUUUGGAAAAUACUAGAGAAUAAAUAUAGAAUGUUUUAA